ACAACGAAAGAAGAAGGAGACAAUGAAAAGAAAGGUGACAAAAGGAAGAUGAAAGGGAGUGAUGAAGGAGAUGACGAAAAAGGAGACAACGAAAAGAAAGGUAACGAAAGGAAGAUGAAACGGAGUGAUGAAGGAGAUGACAAAAAGAAAAAGGCAAUAAAGAAGAAAAAGGUUAAAUUAAGAAAAAACCGGAAAGACAAAAGGAAAGAAUUAGAUGAUGAAGGCAAAAAAAUGAUGACAAAGGAGAUGGUAACGAAAAGAAGGCAAAAAGAAGACAACGAAGGGGAUGGUGACGAAAGGGAAGGGGAUGGUGACGAAAGGGAAGGGAAAGGUGAUGAAAAGGAAGAGGAAAGUGAAGGUGACGAAAGGGAAGGGAAGGUGAUGAGAAAGAAGAUGAAAAAGAGUGAUAAAGGAGAAGACCAAAAGAAAAGGCAAUAA